AUGUAUAACAAAGCAAAACUUAAACUGCUCGGUAUUAAAUUCGUUGACAAAGCAGAUCAGUGGAUAAGUGAUAACAGGUUCCACCUACCAUCAUGGCGUCCAAGCGUCUCUGACACGUUCUCUAUUUUAUCGAAUAGAACUAUACGAUUUGAACUGAUUGCAAUUUUAAUUUCGAUGUUCAAAUGUUGAUCCUAUACCAUUCGAAUAAAAUUAUUCUUUUUCCAUUUACGUAUAUCGGUUUUAGAAUAAUCAUUAGUUGAAAAUUUUCUGCCAGUAGUAGAACGAACUUACUUGACACACACAUAAAUGUUAAAGCGUAGUUUCUCAAAGUGCACAUAUGUACGUAUGUUGUCAAAUCAGCUGUGAGGAAAAAAAGUAAUAAAAUAUAAUCAGAAUACUUAAAGAUUAAAUGAAACGUAGCUUUGAAAAUUACAUUCCUGUAGCAUUUAUCAAACACGUGCAUAAAUAAUAUUUAUUGUUAUAUCUCUAUUGGCAAACAAAUGAUUUGUUUAUUCUCAAUAAUUUCACAUUUCACAAAGUAUGAUUACAUUGCAUUUAAUAUAUCGAUUACAAUACUUUGAGUAUUUUAUAAAUAUCAAAAUUUUUAUUUGUUUAAAAAAUAAUGUUCUUAGUUAUUUGCACUUUUGACAAUUUCAUUAUUUUUUUCUUGAACACAGUAAUGUGAUAGCAAAAACGAUGAUAAUAAUAAGAAUUUUCGUAUUUUUAUAAUACGCUAUAAACUACAUGUCAUUUCUUAUACUUCUCAUUUAUUUUAUGAUUUUAAAAAGAUGACGUGUAUUUCAAAUUUCUUACUGAAUGAUUGCCCAUGUAGCCUUGAAUUAGUUUCUGAUCCUUCUUCGAAUUCGUUCGACUUGUGUAAUAUACAUGAUCGAUUUAAUUUAGGGCUACGUGUACAUUGAUUUUAGUCAAUAUUUUAUUAUAAACUUGUUUUUAAUUUUACGUAAGUUUGAAAUGCCUGUAAUAUUUUAUGUUCUAAAAUCUCAUUGCACGAAUUAUUACACUGCAAUUUUAAAUUUGUGUCAAAUGCACUAAUGGUUAUUAACAUUUAAAUACAUAUUUAUUUCAAUAUUCUUUUACACUUUAUUUUAAUAUUUUUCUCGUAUACGUUAGUUUAAUAUAUACUUCUUGAUGUUUGGUCUUUCAUUUAUUUAGGUUAUAAUAAAGAAUAUACAAUGUAUUCACAAAUCCAUAUAUUUAAUAUGUAUAUAUUAUUCACAUAGUGUAAAAUAUUUGUAUAAAAUUUGUGAUGUUAAGAAAUAUUUUUCAAAUUAUAAUUCUUUUGAAAUGUAAUUAGUUAACCUUAUAUCUCAUGUUUAUACAUGAUUGUACUUAUUUCAUACAUUGAAUAUUAUUUAAUACAUUCUAUAUAUAAAAUAUUGUAUGUAUUAUUUAUCGUUAUUUUUUUAAAGCUUUAACAAUGGCUGAUCAGUAUGAUAAAUUGUCAUGGAAAGGUAAGUCAGUGAAGUGCAUAGUUUAAUCAUUUAUAACUUUAAAAUUUAAUUUAUUAAUAUUUUGACAUAUUUUUUAAAUUUUUAUAUAUGUAGAAGUAAGAGAACUGUUCAGAACGUGGAGAGAAGAUAGUGAACGAAGAAGUAAAGAUGUAGUUGAUUUAUGGGAAUCUAAAUUAAUGGGAAAAGUUGAUCAACUUGGCAGUGAGAAAUAUCUGGUUUUGGAACAAGUCUGUAUAGCUGCAUUCGAUUGUGCUCGCCAUGAUGUAGCAGAAUAUUGCAUCAAGAUACUAAAAAGAGCAUUUCCUAGCAGUUUAAGAGUCCACAAAUAUUAUGCUAUGCAUCUGGAAGCUUUGGAAUUAUAUGAUGAAGCAUUAGAAGUUUUGGAUUCUAUUAUAAAAAGAGAUGAAACAACUGCAGCACCAAGAAAAAGACGUGUAGCUAUAUUAAAAGCAAAAGGUCGAAUACCAGAAGCUAUUAAAGAGCUUACAGAAUAUUUAAAAAAAUUUAUGAGUGAUCAAGAAGCAUGGCAUGAAUUAUGUGAUCUAUAUUUACAAGAACAAGAAUAUUCUAAGGCUGCAUUCUGUAUGGAAGAACUUAUACUGCAUAAUCCACAUAGUCAUUUAAUUUACCAAAGAUAUGCAGAAAUAAAAUAUUCUCAGGCAACAAAUAAUAUCGCCACAUCACCUAAAUGUCCAUCUCCUAAAAAGAAAGAUGCAAUAAAAUUAAGUGAAUGGGCAGCUAAUCAAAUUGAAAAACAAUAUGAAUCAAAAGUAUCAGAUGAAGAUAUUAAAUCACUGGAAGGAUUACUAGGACAAUUGCAACUCGAAAUUUAG